AUGGACAAGAUGAUCGAAACUAUGCCUCAGAUUUGGAGGGUUUAUGACAGAGUAAGGGGGAUUGCUCUCUCUCGGGAUAAAUUCCAGUUCAUCUUUAAACGUGAGGAAGAUAUGAUGACCGUCUUGAAGGACCGGCCUUGGUCUUAUAAUAAUUGGACUAUGUUGCUAGAUCGAUGGAUUCCCGCUCCUCCAUCUAACUUCCUCACUACGGUUGAUGUGUGGGUACGCAUUAGGAACAUCCCGAUGAACCAUUAUCGAGUUGAAACAAUGGAUUUCCUUGCUUCAAAAAUUGGUCAUGUGGUAGAAAUUGCGUAUGAUCCGAAAGCUUCCCAGAAAGAGGCUUACAUACGUGCGCUUGUGAGGCUGAACAUAGCGAAUCCUGCGAUUGAAAUCAAGCCUUUGAAUCUCCCCUCUGGUGGACGUGUGAUCAUAGAGUUUGAGUAUGAGAAACUUCGGAAGAGGUGUUUUCAUUGCCAUCGUCUCACUCAUGAGAGACCGAGCUGUCCCUUUGUUACCAAGCCAAAAGGUGUGCAAGAGCGUCGAGACACGGGCAGUGGCGGAAGCAAUGCAUUGGCAUGGUGGUCAAAUGACCCACGUGAAAUUUAG